CACCAAUUAAUACUUUACCAAAUGAAGUGAGACAAACGUCUUGACUCUUGAGACAACUCAGAUAAGUGCAACCAGCGAUUUGGCAAGCUAUAAAAAGAGCCCACAAUUAUCUGGAUGGCCAUGUCUUCGUCAUAGACACAAUACACUAUAAACCCAUGUCAUUCUUUCCCUAUAAAUUCUACAUCACGGAUUUCUUUUAUUCACGGUUCUGAAUUUAAUCACAUACUUUCAUAAUCAAGACCCAAAAACCGAGAUGGGAUUUCGUUUCCAGGCCUUGAUCUCUUGCUUUCUUCAGGUUCUGCUCUUGUUGUUGUCUCUGGAGCAAGCAAGAGCUGGACAGUUCUACAAUGUGACCAGGUUAACAAGAGGUAGGAAGCAAGCGAGUGAUUGCAAUUUGUUCAAAGGCAAAUGGGUUAUUGAUCCUUCAUAUCCUCUCUAUGAUUCAAGCUGUCCAUACAUAGACCCUGAGUUUAAUUGCCAAAAGUAUGGUAGACCUGAUAAGCAGUACCUUAAGUAUGCUUGGAAACCUGAUUCCUGUGACUUGCCCAGGUUUGAUGGGAUGGAAUUUCUGAGGAGGUGGAGAGGAAAGAAGAUAAUGUUUGUGGGUGACUCACUGAGUCUGAACAUGUUUGAAUCAUUGUCAUGUAUGAUUUACGCGUCAGUGCCCAGUGCCAAAUACAACUCUGUGAUGAGUAAAGAGUCCGUGACCUUUCCGGAGUAUGGGGUUAGUUUGCUUCUACAUAGAACGCCAUACCUUGUGGAUAUAGUGAAAGAAGACGUGGGCCGCGUGCUAAGCCUGGACUCAAUCCAGGGUGGAAAUUCAUGGAAAGGGAUGGACAUGCUGAUCUUCAACUCGUGGCAUUGGUGGACCCACACAGGAGACUCUCAGCCGUGGGAUUAUAUCCGAGAUGGGAGUAAUUUGUACAAAGAUAUGGACCGUCUAACAGCAUUUAAUAAGGGGCUCAACACAUGGGCUAGCUGGGUUGAUCAAAAUGUUGAUCCCACUCAAACCAAGGUCUUCUUUCAGGGGAUUUCUCCCACCCAUUAUCAGGGCCAGGAGUGGAAUCAACCCAAAAAUACUUGUUCUGGAGAAGUUGAACCUCUAUCCGGGUCAACCUAUCCAGCAGGUCCACCGCCAGCUACUGCUGUGGUGAACAAUGUGUUAAGUAAGAUUAAGAAACCUGUUUAUUUGCUUGACAUAACAACUCUCUCACAACUGAGAAAAGAUGCGCACCCCUCAGCUUAUAGCGGUGAGCAUCCAGGCAAUGACUGUAGCCACUGGUGCCUUCCUGGAUUGCCUGAUACCUGGAACCAGCUCCUAUACACAGCUCUCAGCAUGUGAUUGCCAACAAAAAGAAAAAAAUUUAAUUUUUUUUUUUUUCCAAAUUAUUGUUUUGUAAAAUUGGUGAGGUAUUUGAACAUCUCAUUUUAGUUCAUUGGUGGAUCAUAAUAAGCAGGGCAAUGAUCAAUUGUAAAUUAAUUGAUUAUUUAAAACACAAAAAUUGUGCAAUGAUAUAGAAAAAAGAUUUGACAGAGAUGAAGAUGGCAUUGCAUGUGACUAGGAAAGCAGGAGCUCAAAGCUGAAAAGACUUAAAUUUGUUCAGUUAAAGUUAUGUUCUAUUGUUGACAAUUGACAUCUAGCGCUGUUCAUUGAGUAUUAGCUAUCCACUAUUGUAAUUGUACAAUUUAAUAAAUAUUGCAAAAGUUUAUAGAUC